GCUGAGAGGUAUGAUUAAACAGUCCCCCAGUUUCUGUGGUUCCCAACCCUCCAGGUGUUUGAGACUUCAACUCUCAGCCAGCUUGAAGAACUAUUAGGAUUUCUGGGCUCUGAAAUUACAAACACCUGGAGGACCAAAGUUGGGAACUACUGAUCUAUUUGACUUCUCUAAGAGUCCCAUAAGUUCCAAGUUCCUCCCUAUCCUGGCAGAAAUGACAGGAGUCCAGAGCCUGCUUCUUCAAGCAUGAACUCCUCUGAGCACCCUAUGAACCAGCUGUCCGUAUCUCCGACCAAUGUUAGCCGCAUUAUGGAGGACUGGAGUGAUCUGGCCCAAACCCCUGUGGAUGCAGCCUCCCUGAGGACAGGACUUCUGCACAAUGCCAACAACAACGCCUCCAUGGGGCCCUGGCGAACCCUGAAGAGCCCGUCCCUUUCCUCUUCGGCCUCUAAACUCAGUUACCUGGAGCGCGUGGUGUUGGAGAUCGUGGAAUCAGAGCGCAUGUACGUCCGGGAUUUACGAAGUAUUGUAGAGAAUUACUUGGGGAAGAUCAUAGACAUGCAAGAGCUGCUGCUGCGACCAGAACAAGUCAGUGCUCUCUUUGGGAAUAUUGAGGAUAUCUACGAAUUAAAUAGUGAGCUCCUGCAAGAUCUGGACAGCUGCCACAAUGACCCUGUUGCCGUGGCAAGAUGUUUUGUGGACAGGAGUCAAGACUUUGACAUCUAUACUCAGUACUGCAAUAACUACCCCAACUCUGUGGCGGCUCUGACGGAAUGCAUGAGGAACAAACAGCUGGCCAAGUUCUUUCGUGAGCGGCAAGAGCAGAUCCGCCAUUCAUUGCCCCUUGGCUCCUACCUUCUCAAGCCUGUCCAGCGCAUUCUCAAAUAUCAUUUGCUCCUUCAGGAGAUAGCAAAGCACUUUGACAUAGAAGAGGAUGGCUAUGAAGUGGUGGAAGAAGCCAUUGACACCAUGACCUGCGUGGCUUGGUACAUCAAUGACAUGAAACGGAAGCAUGAGCAUGCUGUGCGGCUGCAGGAGAUUCAGUCAUUGCUCAUUAACUGGAAAGGCCCAGACUUAACGACGUACGGGGAGCUAGUUCUAGAGGGCACCUUUCGUGUUCAUCGUGUCAAGAAUGAGAGAACAUUCUUCUUGUUUGACAAGAUGUUGCUGAUAACAAAGAAGCGAGGUGAUCACUAUAUAUACAAAAGCCACAUUCCAUGCUCCUCCCUGAUGCUGAUUGAGAGCACCCGAGACUCUUUGUGCUUCACGGUCACCCACUACAAGCACCGCAAGCAGCAGUACAAUAUCCAGGCUAAAUCAGGGGAAGAGAAGCGUGUCUGGACUCACCAUAUCAAGCGUUUGAUCCUGGAAAAUCACCAUGCCAUCAUCCCUCAGAAAGCCAAGCAAGCCAUCCUGGAAAUGGAUUCAUAUUAUCCUGCUCGAUACAAAUACAGCCCAGAGCGGUUGAAGAAGUCCUGGUCAUGCCAACCUACAGAAGACAUUCCUCAGCAAGCCCGGCAGGGGCGCCGCCAGUCAGAACCUUUCCAUGGCAAAAACAGUUCCCAGAAGUUCCUAGAAGGAUUCCACAGCUUUGCCAUGACAAGGCUGAAAAGCCGCAGAAGAUCGGAGCCAACGAAACAGAUCCUCAAGCAACUCAGCAGCAAAGGACUAAAGCACGCAGAUAGUGAUGGAGCCCUUUUGGAGUUUGGGGAACCCCCACAGCCCCCUAACAGCCAGGAAGAGGAGGAGGCAAAUCUGCAGGCCCUCCCCCAGGAAUUUCCAGAGGAAUUGGCUGAAAGUGAUGGCAGCGAGAAGGAGACGGGGCCAGAGGAGGAAGAAGAGGAGGAAGAAGAAGAAGAGGAGGAGGAGGAAGAGAGGCUGGUAGGAACGGAGCAGGUGGCAGACUUUGCAAGCUCCUUGAUGGCAGUCCUCCACUGCUGGCACUAUCGGGCCAACGCUUUGCUUUUCUCGUGGGGCAACACGGGCAAGCAGCACAAGGCACAUGAAGGGCCCAAGCAAUGCCAGUCUCCAGCCAGUAGUGAGAAAAACAGGGUCAUGGAGACGUCCUCAUCCAUGCCGAAGGCUCGAUCAGCCAUGGAGCUCAAUAGGAUGUUGGAGAUUUCUUCCUGCAAGGAUGAGCACCCAGAAGAAAUCAAUUUGGACCCAGAAGCAGGUGCUCUAGAUUCUCUCCUGGCAGGUCAGCAUGAGAACCAGGAUCAGGGUUUGGAUGGUCUGGAGCCCAUGGAUAAUGUGGAAGAGCUGAAGCCCCUCAGCAGUGAGGAGGAGGAAGAGGAGGAAGAGGAUGACCGCCCAGCCCAGCCCAAGAGUAUCCUCCCUUUCUCUGUGCUGGACCAAGCUAGCAUCAUUGCAGAGCGCUUUGCAAGCAGCCUCUCCCGCCGGAGCAGCCUGGCCCUUGAGGAAGGAAAAGGCUACCUGACUCCGACACAGGCCAGCCGGAGUAACAGCGUCCUGAGCCUGGAAGAGGGCGAAAAAGCCCCUUGCCGCCAUAACAGCAGCAGCACCGCUGCCAUUGACUCUCAGGGCUGCCUCCCAAUGCAGGAAGCCUCGGUGGAGCUCAGCAACUCCUGCAGCGGGAGAGCCUCGCCUGGGCUCACUGAGCCUGAUCGGGCUUCCUCAUGCAGACGGAAGGAGUCCAUGCUCUCCCAGCAAGACCGACAGCUGCUGGAUAAGAUCAAGAACUACUACGUCUAUGCAGAACAUCAGGAUGCUGGCUUCAGCGUCAGGCGGAGAGAGAGCCUCUCCUACAUUCCCAAGGGGGUGGUCAGGAAUUCUGUCUUCCGGAUCAAUAGCCUCCCGCAGACGGAGUCUGACCAGGAGACGCUGAAGAGAAAGCAGCCCGGCCCCUCAAGCAGCAGCAAUGGAACUGGACGAACGGCAGCCUGGGUACUGUCAAAUAGGCCUGCCGUCGGGCCACAAGCAUUACGCUCUGAGAGAAGCUGUGAUGAAAGGCCUGCACCCAUCACCGAAGCAGAGUUCAAGCCAUCUACUGAGAUGAUUAAAGUCUGGGAAGAGAUGGAGAAGCAGAAGAGAGAGGACCACUGGAAUAGGAGGAGAGAGGAGGAUGCCAGGCCAGGGCAAGCUAAUGGGCAGGUGCCUGGUGGUGCCUCUGUACGGCGCUCUGAGCCUUCUUUGCGAGACAGACUUAGGAGGCAGGAGAAUGGCUUGGACCUUCACGAGCCACUUUUCAUCCUGGAGGAUGAAGAUCUGGGAGCCAUAACAGAGGAGUCGGCUGUGCCCUCCCCUGAGAGCAAGUCGCCUGUGGAGCAUGCCCCACCCUCAAAAUUGCCCUGGAAACUCAUGCAAGAACUAGGGGGGUUUGAGCAAGAUCAGGGUCUCGCUCGGUUGCACCCCCGUAUCAUGCAGCUAGCCCAUUUGACAGAAGCAGAGCUGGCAGAAAAAGUGAAGAACAAAGUUUACCAGCUGGCCCGGCAGUACAGCCUUCGCAUCAAGGGCCACAAGCCCACAGCACAUCGACGGCUUGCAGAAGUGGAGGAGGAGAUGAAAGGCAAUGCCUUGGCAGGUCAGCGGGACGCAGAUAAGAAAGCCAAGGGCAAACGGAAGCCAGACUUGAUCCUCCUCAACUACGAACAAGUGGUGCUGCAGGAGGCCAGCCCUCUGACCCUGCUCUGCUCAUCCGCCUCUUCACACGAGAAGUCACCGAAGCGCUUCUCGUACAGUCCCUGUUCCAGCAGCCCCCACCUCACCUCCCCCACUAGCACCCUCUCUCGCAGCCCCCUCAGCCCCAUUGUUGCUGAGAAGUUCAACUGGCCUGACGUGCGGGAGCUGAGAUCCAAGUAUUCCCCUCAGGCUGGGGUUGAGAAGAAUAGGCCCCCACCGGUCAACAGGAGCCGCUCAGCACCCGAGAAGAUGAUGGAUACUGGCAGGGUGCAGAGGAAUCACCAGUGCUCAAAGAAGAAUGUGAAAGCAGGUGUGAAGUCUCCCCGAGGAGAGAUUCAGAGCUACAGAGUGGAGCCCUCACAUUGUUUCAUCCCCAAGUAUCAGGCCUGUGAUGCUCAGAAGGAAUUGUGUGUCACAGCUGAGACCUCUCUGGAGAACAGUCAGCGGGUGAUUGUCAUGGAGAAGCUGCCAGAUAUGACCGUUGAACCAGAUGAGAGCUAUGUGCAGAUUCGUUCCCCUACUUCCCGGGAGAAAAUCUCUCUCAAGGCUGUGGUGGAGCGAUGUAAAGCCUACCAGGAGUCGGAGGAAUACCGCAGGCGUGAGGAGGAUGCUCAAGAAGUGGCACCCAGGAAAGCACUUCCACAGGUCUGGUGGGACAAAACAGACAGCAGCCAGCACAGCCUGGUAAAGAACCUGAGGGAGAAAUUCCAGACCCUGAAUUCCAACAGUUGAGCGUCUACUUUUUUUUUUUUUUUGCUUUACAUCUCUAAACCUUUGCUAUGAACUAGAAAGGUUUGGGGAAAGAAGGCCCUCUUAUGUUCUCAAGAAAGGACUGGCAGUGGUAUACUUUCAGUAGUUUGCUACUUGGAUCUCAUGAUUGUGCGCCAUCAUAUGUGGGCAGCUCCUUAAAACUUCUCGGACCUUUUCAAAGAGCUCUUCUGGAUGAGGUCCUUGCCAGACCUUACCGUUGACACAUCGUUGGGCAGCUUAUAUCCUAGAAGCAUUGGGGAGCAUCCAGUUAGAGCAGACAGGUUGUAAAUUAGCUACUGAAAGGGCUUACUGUGAAAUGUAUUUGUUUUGGGGGGUCAGGUGUGUUUAGGAAGUUCUAACAUUGCAAAGCCAGAGCAGAAAUGAACGAAUGAGCUUUCUAUUCCUCAGUUGCAUAGGAGAAUAAGUUAUUGAUGCAAGACCUUUCUUUCUUUCUUUUUUUAAAGAAUGUAAUUUUAUUCUGCUUGGGAGAUUUGGUUGGUUCAACUCUCCCCAUUUGAGAACAUAUAAUCUUAUAAUACUGGUUGUGUACACCAUUCAGUCUAUAUGCACUGUGCAAUAACCACUUUUGACUAGAGAAUAUGGCAUUGGCUUCUUCACUGGGGACUGGGAUCACAUUGGGGAAGAUUGAAUUCCUUGGGUUUUGCAGUACAUUUCAUGCGUGUAAACCUACAUGGCUAAGAUUGAUGAGGCUAAGAGUCACAGGCCUGCAAGGUCACAAGCAUUAGCAUGAGUGAACACUGGUGUGGAACUGAUCUGCUAUGGUGCUAGAAUGAUCCACGUCCCAUAACAUGGCUCCUGAGGAACUACAUCUUCCUAGAAUAAUAAAUACCUUAAUGUAUUCUGUGUUCUUAGAUACAGUAGUUCAACACAAAGGAAUAACUUUCCUUCCUAUACUAUGAUGGAUUCAUGACUGCAGGGCAAAUAAAUAGUGGUGCUCUUUCCCAUUUUCUGGUAUGGGAUUAAAAAAUGUUUUCCUUCCAAUUUUCAGUGGGAGCAAAAGUUCUGGUGCUUCCUGUUGUCUCGGGUGAACAGAAGAGUAGCCUCUUCUUGAAAGCCUCCUUUUUACUCCUUGUGACCUCGCCACAGGCUCUUCUAUAGGAAAAAAAAGCUUGGGAAACCUGAUUUCCCUUUCCCAGUGCAAACCUUUCUCUUUGUUAUCUGAGAAAGCACGAUGGCCCUGAACCACUGGAAUGCAGACCCUUUUGAGAUCAACAUUUUCUAAGAAGAGACAUUUUGACAAAGGAAGCCUACAUUCCCAGCUAGCAGUGAGAUGUAGCAACUGGCGAGUCUUACUGCAGUACCUUGUGUUCAUGAAACAAAUGCUGUUGAUCAAGAAGGUGGGAAUGAAUUUGAAGUGAGGGAAAUCUGAACAGCAUAUUGUAUCUGUGUCUGGAGUUAGUAAAAUUGGGAUAUUGUUGCUAUAGCAGUAGUACAGUAAUCUCAGGAAGGUGUGUGCAGUCUCCCAAGAACAUAGUUUUGCAAGGUACUUUCAUUACGAGCACUGUCGUAACAAUAGUACCUGCGUAGUGCUGUUUUCUGUGCACUUAAACCACUUCACAUGUGAUCACAGAGAUCCUUGCCACUACCCUAAAAGGCAUGUAGUGUUGUCCCAACAUUUCAGAAAUGACGGCUUAGGGAUCACAGCCAUGUGAUUAAAUUAGGGCUGAGCUGAGACUUGAAGCUGGACUUCUUUAAUGAUAGCUUAGUUGCAGAAAUUGCACACACAGAGACACACAAUUCCAGAAGCCUAGAAGGGUUUAUUUGUUCGUUUAUUUAAAAAAUGUUAUUAAAUUGCUUCUGAAGCACAUUCUGAAGCUUUAGCUCUUUUUUUCUGGACAGUGGAAGCACAUUGGAGCAGGUGGAGCUUGGUGCCUAGAGAAUUAACCCCAGCCCCUUGGGCCUGUAGAAGAGGUCCUGGGCCCUGCAGCUGUCCUCCUGGUCUCCAUGAAACAGCCUUCGCUGUUCUGAAGCCAGCGUGUUCUGGGCCUGGCGAUUGAUGUGAGGCUCCCUUCUAACACACCCUGACCUCUGCAUCGGUGAUGGGCCAUUGAAAGCUAAGCCUGAUGAGAGAGCAGCUGAAGAGAGGUGAAGUCACUCUACAGAUCAAGCCUUCUAAGAAGGAAGAGCUGGGCUGAGCCAGGCAUGGUGAGGCUGUAAGUCACCAGGGAGCAAAUGGUUCCUGCUAAGUUAUAGUAACGUUCCUGGUCUGUAAUGGGUAGGUGCACAAUGCAAUGAGACUCAGUGGCACACAGACAACUGUACUCAAAGCCCUGCCAAUUCUCUGAUGGGUCUGAUGGCAGCAGCACCUGUGAAGGGACACGUCCACUGAGCACGGAGGCGGUUCAAUGUUCACGUAGCAGGAACACGUCUCGGAGCAUUUGAGCCUAGCAUUGUGUUUUUUAGUUUAUGGAAAUGAGUGAUUUGCCCUAUAUUGAACUCAACAGUGAUAGGUGAAAGUGUCUUCUAAGAAAGGAAGGGAUGGCUGAGCUUCUAUCCAGAACUCUUGUGAAAUGAAAUCCUAAAUCAUUUUGCAGAGGUACAACUGGAUAGCCUGUUCAGUCAAGACUCCUUUUCCUGGUGGCUUCUGCAAAUCAACACAGUCCAUCCCAAUGUUAAUGUGCUUUAUUAUUUUACAUUAAAAUAAAACCCUAAAGUUGCAUAA